AUGUCAUUUCCCAUCUCACCAAAAGUCCAAAUAUCCUCUCACCCUUUAGUACUCUCCAAGCUCACUCAACUCAGACUACAUGACCUACCUGCAAAAGACUUCAGAGAGGGUGUAAGGGCCAUCGGAUCAAUGCUUAUCUACGAGGCUUCUCGUCACUUACCUCUUGCGGACGUACCUAAUCUUCAGUCACCCGUUGCACCCUUCACCGGUCAAACCAUCCCUUUGCGUGUGGGUCUAUCACCCAUUCUAAGAGCAGGUCUGGGAUUAGAGGAUGCCGCUCUUGAGAUGUUUCCGGAAGCUACGGUCCUGCAUCUCGGUCUAUUCAGAGAUAAAGUCUCUCUUCAGGCUAUCGAGUAUUACUCAAAACUACCAAGUCAAGUUACAGCCGAUAUCGUAUUCCUACUUGAUCCUUUAAUUGCUACCGGUGGAACCGCUUUAGCUGCCAUUCACAUGUUAGUUGAAUGGGGUCUAGCCCCUUCACAAAUCAAGAUCAUCUCCGUGUUAGGUUCGAAACAAGGUGUUCAACAUGUAGCAGAGGAAUUCCCAGAUGUCGAGAUCUACAUCGGUGCUGUGGAUGACAUUUUGACUGAGAAAGGAUAUAUCUCACCAGGUUUGGGAGACGCUGGUGAUCGGCUAUACAGCACACUCCAGUGA